AUGCAGGAGAAGUGUCUGGAGAUAGUCAUGCGGAAACUCAUACAGAAAUUGGGCUGUCCCGAACGAUUCACUCAAAUGGUGCGUCAGCUUCACGACAGCAUGAUGCCGCGAGUCACGGACAAUGGAUCUGUUCCAGAGGCGUUCGCAGUGACCAAGGAAGUGAAGCAGGGCCGCGUCCUCGCGCCUAUCGUCUUCAGUCUCAUGUUCUCUGCCAUGUCGACGGACGCCCACUGUAACGAACGCCCCGGGAUCCGCAUCGCCUACAGGACGGAUGGUCAACUACACAACCACCAGAGGAUGCACCUUCAAUCGCGCGUAUCCACAAGCAUAGUUCACGAACUUCUUUUUCCGAUGACUGCACUCUAAAUUAAACUACUGUAGGAGACCUGCAAAGAAACAUGGACCUUUUCUCCGCCGCCUGCGAGAACUUCGGUCUGAUCAUGAACACGGGGAAGCCGGUGGUCAUGCACCAAUCGCCACCCAACACUGCCCACAAUGCACCGCAAAUCACCGUAAACGGAACCCAACUGCUGGUGGCGGGCAACUUCACGUAUCUGGUCAAAACCCUCUUCUGCAGUACCAACGUUGACGAUGAAGUGAUCCGCAGAAGUUUAAAGGUCAGUCAAACCUGCGGUCGUUUUCAAAACACAGUUUGGAUUCGUCAAAGUCUUCAACUUAGCACGAAACUGAAGAUGUACAAGACCGUCUUUACUCUAUGGAACAGAGACCUGGACAGUGUACACGAAGCAGGCACGUCCUUUUCAGAUGUCUUCGCCAAUACAGAAACUGAGUCGGCAGGACCGGAUCCCAGACACGGACGUACUGGAGCGAACGGGAAUCCUCAACGUCUACGCUGUGCUAAGACAAUUGCAGCUACGCUGGAGCGGUCACCUAGUACGGAUGGACGACGAGAGACUACCCAAACUACUCUUCUAUGGAUAUGUCGCGACGGGGUCACGCAGACAAGGAGGUCAAUUCCGUCGCUAUAAGGAUACUCUGAAGACCUUCCCGAAGUGCCUGCAGAUCAACCCUGCAAACUGGGAAGACCUUGCCGAGGACUGGCCUACGUAA